AUGCUCGCAUAUGGAGUCGCAGCCGAUGCUUGUGAUGAGUACGUCAAGAUAGGAGAAUCCACUGCUAUCGAGUGUACUCGCAAGUUUUGCGAAGGGGUAAUAGCAUUGUUUCAAGAUGAAUACUUACGACGACCAAAUGUGGAAGACUUGCAGAGGUUGCUCCAAGUUGGACAGGAACGUGGAUUCCCAGGGAUGAUUGGAAGUAUUGAUUGCAUGCACUGGCAGUGGAAAAAUUGUCCUAAGGCUUGGCAAGGGCAGUUUACUAGUGGACACAAGGGGACGGCAACAGUUAUCCUCGAGGCAGUUGCGUCAUAUGAUUUGUGGAUAUGGCAUGCUUUUUCAGGGCUUCCUGGUAGUUUGAAUGACAUAAAUGUACUAGAUAGGUCACCGGUUUUUGACGACAUUGAGUCGGGUGAAGCUCCACGGGUAAACUUCACCGUGAAUGGGCGGGAGUACAAUCUUGCAUACUAUCUUGCCGACGGAAUCUACCCUAAGUGGCCUGUCUUCGUGCAGUCAAUUCAAAUGCCCCAAGGCAACAAACAUCAAUUUUUUGCCAAACAACAGGAAUCAUGCAGGAAGGACGUGGAACGCGCAUUCGGGGUACUCCAAGCACGCUUCGCUAUUGUCCGCCAACCAGCUAGAAUGUGGGAUCUUGAUGUCUUAGGAAAAAUAAUGAGGGCGUGCAUUAUUUUACAUAACAUGAUAGUAGAGGAUGAACGAGAUACGUAUUCGCGAAACUGGGAAAAUAUCGACUUUGAACCGUCGAACAAUGCUAGCUCUAGCGCCUCUUUUAAUGUUCAAACAGACGUGUUGCCGGAGUUUCAAGUCCAUGUUCAACACCGAUCUGAGGCAGAUAAUCAGACUAGAGCGGAACUACGAGAUAAGACCCAACAUAUUCAGCUGAAGAAGGAUCUCAUCGAGCACAUUUGGCAGAAGUUUGGGACAACCUCCGAUUAG